AUGGUUCUCAAACCCUUUUCCCAUAUCGGGCGCCAAAGCUAUAGCAAGGUUUUCAGCCACGGGUACGUCCAGUCUGUAGUUGCAGCAGGACAAACCUCACAAGUUUCUACGAAUACUCCCCUUGGUCCAUUCGGAAAACAUAGUUCCAAUCGACACGGCAGACCUCAGACAGCACAGCUUCAUUCUUCUUUCCACAAUGCCUCUAGUUCAUUCGACGCUUCCGGUAGAGCAGCCCACGGUAGCGCGGAUGCCGUUGAAGACUACAAUGAAGCUUUGGUGCCAUAUUUUGAAGCAUGGCAGCAAGCACAAGCAAAAGGGAAAAAAUGGAAGCAGUAUCAAUUCGCAAAGAGAAUAGGGUGGGAAGAACACUCGGUUCUACCGGAUGAAAAUGGAAAUGAAGUGGUGGAUCAUGGGCCUCGUUCAGAUGUUCUGCUCAAUCGUGGAGAACUGGACCGUGCCGUUACCACAAGCGCUGUGGACGACAUCAAGCAAUCCCAGGACCAAGCAGCAGAAGCUGAGGCUGUUGCUAAAGUGAAUGAGGCUAUCGCAAACGAGAUCAUCCAGAUCCAGCAGUCUGCUGCGUCUAGAGAUCAGCCACAGACAUUCGCGGUCUCGGCUUCUCGAAAAGAAGAUCUCAGGCAAUUCUCUGUGGAUAACGGACAGUCUACCAGUCCGUCUUCUUUGUCACCUGUGGUCACCGCGGACGAUACUGCCCGCUCCACCCCAGUCAGCGAUGUCACAGCAGUCAGUUCUGUGCACGAUACCGAUUCCCAAAUCCUCUCAGAACGGAUUUGCAAGCUUCACGAAACAGAAUCUUACAGCCAUAUUCCUCCCAUCUUUGAGUCGAUGCUGGCUCAUGGCCUACGUCCGAGUGUCGAGGCUUACAAUGCUCUUCUUGCUUCUGCUAUACAUCUUCCUAUAGCCAAGCACCAGGUCGUUUCAAAGGCCCUCGAUGUGUACUCCGACAUGCGACAGCGUAUGGUGGCACCGGACACGGCUUUCUAUACCACGCUUAUUCAGACUCUCUCGCGCCGUGCUCUGGAUGUGUUUGCCAUGAAAAAUGCUCUGGAAGAGAAGCGACUUCGUUUCAACGGGAAUGCUGGAGAAAGAAAUUUUAUGUUCGCCUCCAACGAAGCGGAAUACAACAUCUUGGCUGAGGACGAUGCCUUACGCAAUGCAGUCAGAAUCUUCAAGACUUCGACCUCCUCGCCCAAAACUUGUCUCUACUCGGCUGAGACAUACCGCCUUCUAAUAACAGCUUGUGCUUUCAACGGUCACGUCGAGGACAUGAUUAAUGCCUAUAGCCAUAUGGAGUCAUACAAGGUUGAGCCAAUUGCAUCGACCUUUCCACCAAUGAUCGAAGCUUUCGCAAAAUCCGGUGAUCUUGGCAACGCCGUCGAAUGUUACAACGAAUACAAGUCCUUAGCCAUUGCGAAUGAUGCCGGUCAGUCUGCUAUCAUCGGCCGCAAAGAUAACGAUGUGUAUGCGGCCGUUGUCAAGGCGUAUGCCAUGUGUGGCAGAGCUGAUGGAGGCCACCGCUUUCUAAAAAGAGUUGUUGACUCUUUUGUUGGUGUGACGGAGUAUCGCAAGGAACGUCUUGAAGCGGUCCAAGACACGGUGGUUCUGAAUGCGCUUGUAGAAGAGUUCUUAAGUGCCGGUAACUUUUCUGGAGCUCUAAGGGUCGCAGAAGAGCGUAGCCUGACGCCAUCUGUGAGAAGCGAGGCUAUGUCCCGAAUAUGCACGACGGCUGCAGAUCAUGGCGACGUCAAUAUUGCGACCCAAGCCUAUCAGUACCUAUCAUCGACGCCCGAAGAGACACCAAGAGCAGCCUUGUCAAUGCUUGCUCUGCAUAUUCGUCAAGGCAAUCUCGACAUUGCCGGCGAUUACUGGGCUCUUCUGAUUGCGUCUUCGACGUUCGACACUUCAUUUGUAGAACCUACGACUCUGUACGCUACUGCUCUCAUUCGAAAAGGCCUCGUCGAUGAAGGAUUAAUGCAGGUUCGUGAAGGCUUCGGGCGCAUUCGCGCUUCUGCUGGAGUCGCAACCUUCUCCUCGGAAGUAACAGAAGAGAUAGAUGAGGCUAUUGAAUUCAUCGGUGCUUUUCUCGCGAGGAGCGGCGUUACUCCUUCAGCAAACGCGAGUAUGAGCUUUUUGUGGGCAAUGAUCGAAAAUGGCGGCCUAGUCUCUCCUGUUGCUGAGCAAAUGCUCGCUGGACUCGGUCCCGAAGAUAUCACAAGCCUUAGCUGGCAAGACAUGACUCUAGCUUUGCAGGUAGAGGCCGGAUUACUUGGAAGCGGUAAAGUCUCACAUGACAUUGCUCACUUGGCUCGGUUUACACACCUGUUCGAUAUUGCCACUAGCUCUGGUGCACUCUUAGAUGAGCGUACAGUCAACUUGAUCGAGAAAGCGUUGGGCGCUCUGUCACACGAGCGUCCAGACCUCAUCAGUAAAUGGCAGAGUUAUCGACAAUUGCCUACAGAGCAAGCUUACCCUCAGCGCGCUUUUACACCACAACCUACACCUUCUGCCGUCUCCUCGAUAGGAUCAUUUACAGAUUCAUAUGACCCGUAUUCCGCAGCCACCGACUAUCGGGGCUCCACAAUCAUUGCAGAGGAAUUAGAGAAACGCCGAAACAGCGCGGGUCUCAAUGAAGCCCUGAUGAGGUUCAGGAAUAUUCGUCGUGCUGGUCGCCAUCCACGGUAUAUUGUAUAUUCAAAGCUCAUCUCAGCCGCUGCCAAAGAAGGUCGAACCAAUCUAAUCCAUGAUAUUCUUGGAAUGGCACGACAUGACAUGCCCUUUUUGCCUCAGUACUCGGUCGUUCGACAUGGAUGGUCGUCCAUUUUGGACGCCAUGGUGGGUGCUUGCCUCACCCUUGGUAGGCGUACACUGGCGGCGCAGUUCCAUCAAGAGAUGCUCGAAAUGGGUACUGCUCCUACCGCAAACACCUUUGGGCUGUACAUCACUACAUUGAAAGAAUCUACCAAAACGUUCGAUGAGGCCUCUGAAGCUGUCGCCAUCUUUGGUCGAGCCAUAACCGAGGGAGUAACACCUUCGUCCUUCCUCUACAACGCUCUCAUUGGUAAGCUGGGCAAAGCCCGUCGUAUCGACGACUGUCUACGCUACUUUCAGGAGAUGCGUGCCGCAGGCAUUCGCCCUACAAGCGUCACAUACGGUACAGUUGUCAAUGCGCUUUGCCGAGUCAGUGAUGACCGCUUUGCGGAGGAGCUUUUCGAUGAAAUGGAAUCUAUGCCAAAUUACAAGCCUCGACCAGCGCCGUACAACAGCUUAAUGCAAUUUUUCCUGACGACCAAGCGCGACAGCCAGAAGGUGCUUUCGUACUACGACCGCAUGCAGUCAAGAAACAUCCAACCUACCAUGCAUACCUACAAGCUGCUCAUUGACACUUACGCUACUCUCGAGCCCGUCAACCUUGCUGCGGCUGAGGGUGUACUUGAUACUAUCCGUGCAUCGGGCCAACGCCCUGAGGCAGUCCACUAUGCUUCUCUCAUCCACGCCAAAGGAUGUGCCCUUCAUGACAUGGUCGAUGCUCGCCGAACAUUCGAUGAAGUACUGGCUGGUGGCGAGAUUCGUCCGCAAGCUUGCCUCUAUCAAGCCUUGUUUGAGUCAAUGGUAGCCAACCACUGCGUCGCGCAGACGGAAGAUGUCCUUGACUCAAUGUCCGCAAAUCGAGUUGAGAUGACCCCAUACAUCGCCAAUACCCUCAUCCACGGCUGGGCCAUGGAAAACAUGAUUACCAAGUCUAAGGCUGUUUAUGACAGCGUUGGUAUGGAAAAGAGAGAGCCGAGCACUUACGAGUCUAUGACCAGAGCCUUCCUUACUGCCGAAGAUCGAGAUGGUGCACUCGCUACUGUCCACGAGAUGCUGUCAAGAGGCUAUCCUUCGGCAGUAUCCAGCAGGAUCCUGGAAUUAGUCGGACAUGGCAUGCGAGGGGGCAGCGUUGUCCUCUCGGAGCUAAUCGCCUAA